UUGCAGUGGCAAUAACCAUAAAACUGUUUCUGCUUUGCAAAAAAAUAAAACAAUUUUUCAUUAGUCGCCGUCUUCGCGUGUGGUUUGAAUUUGGUUUUAUUCAAUCGUGUUUCUCGUGAAAUGGAUAGUGAGAAAGUUGAAAUAAUUAUUGACGAUAUCAUUGCUGAUGAAGGUUUAAUCUCAGAUGCUGACGAAAUUCCGGAGCUCCGUGAUUGAUUCUUGGAUGCUAAGCCCCGCUAUAUAUGCUAUUCUAGUAGGUGAGUGAAUCACGACUGUUAUAUAAUUUCUUUUCAAAGUAAGUUUAAUGAUGCUGAGAAUGAUAUAACUUUAUAGGCCAUGGUAUCACACUAGAAUAUUUGAAAAUUCUAGACGAAAAGGCACUGAAUGACAUUUUCUCGGUGUCGAAAUGGACAGGGCAUAAACACGCUCUUAGCAGAAAACUCAUGAUUUGGCCUGAUAGUGUAUUAUUCCACGAGUCAACAAUUCGCAACGAUGAAGAGGUUGAGUCGUGCAGCUCCGCGGUACCUGCAUAUUUAAAACUGGCAAACUCUGUUUCCGUAACUACUGGUUUAUUGGAAGACAUUCUUGUAAGGAACGAAAAAGGGAAGAUUGUUUGUAAAUACUACAAAUCGCACCAGUAUCUGGAUAACGUGAACAGAAGAGCACUGUCUCACACUGUGGUUGAUUAUUAUAUAGCGAAAUUCGCUAAAUUAAUUUCUUUACGUUUUCCUCCGGAAAUUGCAGAAACCUACUAUAAUCCGAGGGAUAUUUCGGCCAAUAAAAAGCACCCAUCCGGCUUGUUGUAUGACCGGUUUCAUAAUCGUAGUAAAAAAGACCUCGGCAAGCGCAUUCGAGACAAAGUAGCAGAUCAUAUGAGCAAUGUCAAGUCUUCUGCUCUAGAACUACCUGACAAAGAGAUUGAAAGAUUGUCAACUGUUAAAAACUGGUUACGCAAUAACAUUGCACCAGAAGAGCGCAUUCGCCAACACUGGGCGGAAUCGUUUUUGCUACGUUUUCGUAAUAUUCAGCAGGAUAAAAACAGUGACAAACGCACUAUAUUGAACGAUUGGCCAAGAAUAACAGAUGAAAAUGGAUACUUGCUGAUUGACACGGAUUUCAAUCAUUUAUACAAUACCUCUGAGCGAUUGGAGACAGUUUUUGACUGUUGGGAGAAAUUCGCUGUUGAUUUCAUCGAUUACGCACGAAUAAGUAACAUUAAAGAUCAUUAUUCAAUCCAGCUGUUAGAUACACUAUCCGAGUCAUACAUAUUGAUUUCACAAGAUACUCGUGAUUACAUAUUAUGUACCAUUUUCCACGCAAUCGUUAAGCCCUCAAGAACAUCAGCUAGGAAAUUGCCAACAAUAGUACAAGCACAAAACGACGUCUGUUGUAUCAUUGACACGUACGAAGAAUAUCGAGAAGCAUUGAUUUCACUUCGAAAAGAACACGAAUCUGCUAACAUACAGUUAUCUCCUCGCAUCUAUGCUAUUGGACAUACACAGAGUCUGGAUUCAUUUUACGUGGUGACUCAAUUCCUAGAAUAUAAGUUACCAACUUUCCUACGCUGUUUGGAUGUCGUCGUCAAAUUGAAAUUCGUGUUAGAUUUCGAAUUUCCUGAGAGCUGCGAACUAUUCUUGUGUUUUAUAUGCCAAUUCUUUUACGAUAUCAACUCAAGCCGAAAAUCGAAAAAUAGUCAAUUGUUGCAAUUGUUAGCAUUUCUGAAAGCGCGUCAAAAAUGAAUUGCUUCAUUUGUAAAGACACGAUAUGUUCGUUACCAAUAUUAAUGCAUCAUGUAACUGUAUUCCAUGGAACUCCAAUUAAUUUAAAAUACGAAUGUACUAACUGCGUUCCGAAAAUGGCUUUCCAAGACAAGCAUCGUUUCAAACGUCACGUUGUGAAUGCUCAUUCAAUUCUUUUUGAACCACAAAUAUUGAAAGAAAAACCUAUUGAAGACAGUGCCAGUUAUAUUCAUUUAAACAAUAUACUCGCAGCACCAGAUAAUUACCAAUGCAAAGAACCUCGUAAGUCCGUAGAUAACAUCAUUGACUCGAAAAAUGAUAAUGGUUUGGUUGAAAGUGAUAUAAUCGAUAUAAUAAAUAAACUCAGAGAAAGCUUUUUAAAUUUUACUCUAACACUUUAUAGUAAAAAAAACUUUGCCAGAAAAGACGUAGUUGAACUUCAAAAAAAUAUAUCAGCACAGAUUGUUAGACCCAUUUGCGACGCGCUUACAAAAGUUAGUUACAUUCCGAAAGAAAACAUUUAUGAAGAACUAUUACAGGAAAUUUAUAACCCUUUUCAAUUCGUGGCAACAGAACAUAAAUUUAAUAAUGAACUGAAAAAUCUUAAUCUGAUUGAAAAUCCGCAGACAAUAGAAUUUAAGGAUAAAAAUGAAAAUGUAAUUUCUAGAGGCUGUCUUAUGCCUAUAAAAUAUCAAAUUCGAAAGUUUUUCGAAAACGGUAACGUCUUUCAUGAAUCGAUUCAUAACAUGCAGUUACUAGAACACGAUAAUAAUAUCAAAAAUUUUGUGAAAGGAAGUCUGUGGUGCGAUAUCAAACAAGAAUUUAAAGAUAAGAUUGUUGUUCCAUACUUUUUAUUCUCAGACGAAGCAGAAUUGAAUGAUGCAAUCGGCGCCCACUCGGGAACUCAUAAAGUGUGUGGAUUAUACUAUACGUUUCCAAUCAUUCCUGCUCAUUUUUUAGCAAAAUUAUGUAAUAUUUUUGUGGCUGGAUUCAUUAAGGCUAAAGACAUCAACGAAUUUGGUCCAUCUUGCGCAUUCAAGGAACUGAUCGAUGUUUUGGUUGAUCUGGAAAAGAAUGGAAUAUGUCUUGAGAUUAGAGGAGUUACAACAAAAGUUCAUUUCGUGCUAGCAGGAUUACUCGGUGAUAAUUUGGGCAUCAAUACAAUUAUGGGUUAUGCUACAUCGUUCAACUCCAUGUUUUACUGCAGAUUUUGUAGAAUAAGUAAAAAUCAAGCUCAAAUACAGAUUCAACUUGAUCCCGGUUUAAAUAGAAACAAACAAAAUUAUAACGAAGAUGCAUUGAAAGCUGUCAAUGAGUCCGGGAUAAAAGAUUAUUCUAGUUUUAACCGACUUCAACACUAUCAUGUGGGUGAGUUUACAAUAGUCGAUCCAAUGCACGAUCUGUAUUCGCAUGGUAUUUGCCAUUAUGAUUUAGCUUUAGUUUUAAAAUACAUGAUAGAGACAAUGAAAAUCUCUCUGCACACUAUAAACUAUCGAAUACAAAUGUUCAAAUAUGGGGAAAUAGAAAAACGGAACACAUUCAGAAAAAUUACUCGGGAGCACAUAAAAACAUCAUCAUUCAAAAUGACCGCAAGAGAAAUGAUGCAUUUCUUGCAUUUUUUUCCAUUAAUUUUUGGAGAUAUAAUUCCUGAAAAUGACAAAGUAUGGAAAUUUGUAUUGUCCCUGAUAGAGCUAGCAGAUUUGAUUUUACUUCCAAGAUUUAAUGAUGAAUUAUUAAUUACUCUACAAAAACAAAUAAGUCUCCACCACACGUUAUAUAAAGAACUAUUUAACGAAAAAUUAAAACCUAAGUAUCAUAUACUUCUCCAUUACGUAAGCACAAUAAGAAAAGUUGGACCUCCGCGUUAUACUUGGAGUUUCCGUUUUGAAGCUUUUCAUCAAUCUUUUAAACAAUAUUGUAGAACCAUAACAUCAAGACGCAACAUUUGUUUGACACUCUGUAUAAAAGCUGGCCUAAUUUUUUCACAAGAUUCAAAUAAUUCGAGAUUCUUCCAACAAGAUUUAAACUAUAAAAAAGUAGCUACAGUUCAUCUUGCAAAUAUGCCUUAUUUUUCGUUAUUAGAAAUUAAUAGUACAUUAUUAUCUUCAAGCUUUCAUGCAUCGAGCACAGUUUCUUAUAAAGGCACCGAAUACAAACGAGGAUAUUUCUUAACUAAAUCAGAUAUUGAUAUAAGCAACUUAAAAUUAUUUGAAAUUCGAUACUUACUCGUAAAAAGACGUUCUGUACGCUGUAUGUCAGGUAUGGAUUGUAUCCAAUUAUUCAACACAUUUCGCAGCUUUUGA